AUGAUCUCAGAAUUCGCUAAAGAGAAAGUAUUUUGGACGAGAAAGAUGAAUUUGAAAUUAGUGAAGUUCAUUGAAAGUCGCCCUAAUAUAUGGAACCCAAAACAUCCAAAAUACACUUCGGCGGAAUCUAAAGACCAAACUUACAAUGAAUUUGCUGCAAAAUAUGGAAACGAUUUCACUGGACAAGCUGUUAAAGAUCGAUGGACUAAUAUAAGAUCCACUUUUGCUAAUUAUUUGAGGAAAUUGAAGUCUAGUCAAGCAAAACCUGAUGGCGAGGAGUACAAAGUAAAUUGGCACUUAUGGGAAGCGUGUCAGUUUUUAUUAAAAGUAAACAAAAGAGUUAAAACAGAUGCCUCCAAUUCUCAAAAUUUUUUUGAUGUUCUUGAAAAUGGAGACAGUCUUCCAACAUCAAAAGACCAUCAAUCAACAGAUGAAGAAAUCUCAGACAAAAGUGCAAAUUCAGACUGUGUUAACAUUGCUGAAAAUCUAUUACAAGUAUUUAGAGGUGUACAAAAUGACGCUUUUGGUAUAGAUAACACGAAACAUGGGAAAGUAGGUAGAAUAGUAGCUAGAGCUCUUUGUCAAAUGGAUUCAUAUGAUGCGGCUAGGGCAUCUUGCAAAAUCAUGGAAAUUUUGCAAUUUUAUCAUGAAAGUAGUCCUCUUAAUCCUAACAAUGUAAAAAGUGAAUGAAAUUGACACAAAUUUUAUUUUCAAAUGGAAAAAUAAAAUUCUAUAUAGUGACCAUAAAAGUUAGUCCGCGUCAUGGAUAGGUUUGAUUUAUUAUGACUAAAUGGACUACGUUACUAACGUUGUAUAAUAUGAAUUAAACAAUAGAAGUAAACAAACUGUGAUAUUAUGGUAACGAAAAAUGUGUCAUCAAGGCACUGAAAGAGCCUUAGGAUACAGCGGCAUUUAAUUUUGUAUUCUCUUUGAGUGCCUAUUAUUUACGUCGUUAAUUGAGGGUUAUCUAUUAAAUACUCUAAAUCCUCUAGUUUACAGGUCAUAUUUCUUUUAUAAAGUUAAGCUUUUAUUACAAAGUGCACAAAUAUCUAAAAUUAGCAAAAUGAGUAUUGCCAGAUUUAAUCCGGCCCAAUGAUCUUUUCACAUAAAUAAGAUUAUUGAUAGGUAAUAUUUCCAAUAGGAAAAUGUUUCAUUUUUAAAUAAUCUCUUUUUUUUGGAU